AGGGAAGCCGCGGCUUCACGACGGCCGCCAUAACUUUGAUGCAGACCAACAACCGAACAUGUUUCAAGUUACCCAGACCGUCUCGUCCCCAGAACUGCCCGCAUUCUUACAAAAGAAGCGGAUCGUGGCAUCGACUUAUCACCGGACCUGCCGUUUGGACACGACCACACCGCAGAGUCCGCUUCUUGUCAUUGGCACCGCUCUGAAGGCGAACCUGCACAGCCGCAAGGCGAUAUAUCAGUUUGGGAGUCCCACACACGGUGGCAGGACCGCAGCCAUGAUUCACCCGCGGACUCUCCGAGUAGAUUACGGCGUAUCUACAAACGUAGUGUGCGUGGUCAACUCGGAACUGAACGUAAACCUGAGCAGGAGUGCCCCACCCAGCUCGAAGUUCUUCUCGGUGAAGUGCACUCCUAAUGUUCGGUACAGCGUAACCCCCCAACCUAAGGCCACGUCUGACCUCUCCCCCAUCCCUCUUGAGGGAAACUCAUUGCUUUUCAUCAGCAUGAAUCAGGCCAGCCAACAUGAAAAUGACAGCAAGCUCUCUGUCCGCUACUACGGAGAGAAUAAAGAAGCCUUAGGACAAGCAAUUCUGCACCUGACGGCUGUUGAAAUUUCUCUGGAUGUGGAUGCGGACAGAGAUGGCAUCGUGGAGGAAAACAACCCCAAUAAGGGAUCCUGGAAAUGGGGCGCUGAUGGUCACGGAGCUAUCGUCCUGGUCAACUGCGACUCAGAGAGGACCUAUUUGAAGAAACCAGACAGCGAGGAGGACCGCAUCUCCAGAGUGUCGGAUCUGAAGGACAUGUCACCCAUGGUGCUGCGGACCAAAGGCCCGGCACGGCUGCCGGACGGCUACAAGCUCACCAUGCACAUCUCUCAGGGAGAUGCCGAGAGCGUCCGAGUCUUUCGAUCCGGAUCCACUCAAGUGCCGACCAACACUCUGCGCAAGCUCUUCAGCUCUUUUGUCAAGGACUAUCCGCUGGUGCUGAGCAGCGAGGUCCUUUCUCAGGAGGUACCCUACCUGGGAGGCGAGGCGGAGAUGAAUCUAUAUGUGGAAGGCCUCAGAUUUCCCGACAAAGACUUUGACGGACUCAUCAGCAUCAGCCUCAGUCUGCUGGAACCCAUCUGUGCUGGUCUUCCUGAGACGCCCAUUUUUACCGACAAAGUCGUGUUCAGAGUGGCUCCGUGGAUCAUGACACCCAACACCCUCAGGCCUGUCGAGGUUUUUGUCUGCAGCACGUCUGAUAACUAUCAGUUCCUAAAAGGAAUGACAAACCUAGUUGCAAAGAGUGGGUACAAGCUCAAGGUUUGUCAUGAGUAUGUGAACAGAGGAGACCGUUGGAUGCAGGAUGAACUGGAAUUUGGUUACAUUGACUCACCCCAUCAAAGAUUCCCUGUAGUUCUGGAUUCUCCUAGAGAUGGAGAUCUCCAGGACUUUCCAUAUGAUGAGCUACUGGGCCCUGACUUUGGCUACGUGACAAGGGUGGCUCACAUGAAAGAUGUGAGCAGUCUGGACUCGUUUGGCAAUCUUGAGGUCAGCCCCCCUGUGACUGUGAACGGGAAGACGUUCCCCCUGGGUAGGAUCAUCAUUGGGGUAGCCUUCCCGACGGCUACUAAAGGACGAAACAUGACCAAAGUUGUUCAGGACUUCCUGUGGGCGCAGAAGGUUCAGGAACCCAUUGCCUUAUUUUCCGACUGGCUCCUUGUCGGCCAUGUGGACGAAUUCAUGACUUUUGUUCCGGCACACGACAGAAAGGGCUUCCGACUGCUGCUGGCAAGCCCAGACGCGGGCUACAAGCUCUUCAGAGGCCUACAGAACGAUGGGCAUGGACAAGCCAAAUUGUUCGACGGCCUAAAAGGGGAAAAGCCCCAGACAGUGGAUGAUAUACUGGCUGACAAAAGUCUACAGACCGAGAACAACUACGUGCAGAGCUGUAUUGACUGGAACAGAGAUGUACUCAAGAGAGAGCUUGGCCUGGAUGAUGAUGACAUUAUCGACCUGCCAAUCCUCUUCAAAUUGGUGCGGGAGGAGCACGACGAACCUUCGGACGAGGAGGAGGAGGAGGAAGAGGAGGAGCAAAGGGAGCCGCAGUACAGAGCAGUGGCUUAUUACCCUGACAUGGUGAACAUGAUUGUCUUGGGGAAAAACCUUGGUAUCCCGAAGCCCUUCGGUCCCAAAGUGAACGGACGCUGUGCCCUGGAAGCUGAGAUGUGUUCCCUGAUGGAGGGCCUGGGCCUCAGCUGCACGUUUAUUGACGACUAUGCCUCCUACCACAAACUGCUGGGAGAGGUGCACUGCGGCUCCAACGUCCGCAGGGAACCGUUUGACUUCAAGUGGUGGAAUCUCGAGUUGUGA